AUGGAAGGAGGAAGCAUUGCAUGGCUCAUGAUGAGCCAAUCACUGGUUAAAGAAUUAAAUACAUCAAAGGAGAAACAUUUGAAAAGAAGUGACUUCAAACGGGAAACAUUACAGAGCAGCAAAUUAAGGCAUCAGUUGGUCGCAGAUAUCUUCAAGAAAUUUAUAGACCAAGAUGGAAAAUUCGAAGAAACCCUUACUAAUAAUGUCCAAGGAUUACCGAGUUUGUCUGAAGUAUCACAUCUAGGAGUGCGUGGAGAGGAGAUUCUAGAAGAAGCUCUUCCCUUUACCACCACUCGUCUUGAGUUCAUGGUCCCCAACUUGAGCAAUAACUUGCUUGAAGCCUUCAGCCAGCCAAUUCGUAAAGCCAUGCCAAGGUUAGAUGCUAGAAAUUACAUAUUUAUUAAUGAAAACAAUGAUGCACACAACGAUUUGCUUUUGAACACUAAAUUGGAUUUUAACGCAUUGCAAAAGCUUCACCAGAGAUAUCUUAGCGAGCGUACAAGGUAUAUCUAA